CGUUUUAUUCCAAUUAUCCGUUAUAUUUUUAAGGAGUUUGAUAAUCAACAGUCUAAGACUGUCAAUGAUGAAUUUUCUAUUCAAAUUAUUAGAAUCUUUGAUAUUUUUCACCAUUAUAAUGUCGCGACUGACUUUUGAUAAUGUUAACAUGAUGAAUAUUAUAAAUCAGUAUUCAUCACUUUGUGGACCUAACUACGUUGAUAACAAGAAAAUAAUGUACUUUCCAAUAAUAGCAGAGGAAUAUGAAGUGUGUCCAGUAUGUUAUAACGAUAGAAGUUGUAAUAUCAACAACAACUGUUGUCCUCAGCAAGGAUUGAAAUUUAUAAAGACGGAAUGUUUGAAAGCAUUUGUUCAUUCAACAAACAAUAUUUCAACUUUUGGAUAUGAAUAUGAGAUGGUAAAUACAUGCCCGUAUGGCACUGAUGACAGUAUGUUCAACGAAUGUACAAAGUCACGUGAUAUUUACGAUUCAAUAAGAUAUACUCCAGUAACUGAUCAGACAUAUACGUCUUUUAGAAAUCAGUUUUGCGCUAUGUGUAACAAUAUUAUAGAGUUACCCCUUGGAAGAUAGAUGUACAAUGUGACAUAUUUGCCACUCUUAACGACAUUGCCGAAAAAGCACUUAAGAACAAUUGUAUCAUAUCGUUUGCUCCAAGUAAAACAAUGUACAAUAAUGUGAAAACAUGUACAAAUGAACAAUUUAUUAAAACCUGCAAUGUUACAAGGACGUUGGAUAAUUACGACAAAGAUAUUGACUUUGCUUGUCAAACACUAAAUAAUCCAUUUCCGCCAUAUAAAAGCAUCUUCUGUCACAUGUGCAAUCCCCCCGAAAAGACUAGUGCACAACAAAUCACUUCAUGCAAUGAAACUGGACUUUGGACAACAUAUGCAAAGGAUAUAGAAAAGGCGUGUAAUGAUAAUGUUAAUGUUGCAACGACCUUUCCUUACAAGAAUAUAUAUUGCUACAUAUGUAAUACGAAUAAAAGCUUGACAAUGAGAAAUAAAAACAUGUACACAGUAGAUAUAUCAAUAAAAGAUGUCUUUACGUAUAACUGGUACAAUGAAAUUGUUGUUUAUGAUUGGAGAUACGUUUACCAAAGUGGGAGUAGAUUCACAGAUCCAACAACAAAUUGCAAGAACCAAUACAGAAAACUGAAGUACAAGAUUGAUUGUAAAGUGCCUAUUCCGUUUAAUUUAUUCAAUCACAAUAUGUCAAAUCUACUGUUAUCUAAAGUUCAGUCUUAUCAUUGCAAUUUAACUGCAAACGAAGAUCAAAAUAGAAAUAUAACUUUGUGCAAAAAGGACAGUAAGAAUUUAACAUAUUGUAAACAUUAUAGUGAGUUUGAGUUACAAUGGGCUUGUGAAACCCAGUUUCGCGGUGUAGUUAUUCAAAGUGAAAAACCAUACUACCACUUUACAGAUUGUGGAACCCAUCUUAAAGAUUUUUUAGUUUAUAAACAUGGCAUACCAGUAGAAAUAGACCAGUAUGUAAAGGAAAAUUUAGAUUGUGAUUUAUUUAACUGUAUGGAUGAUCGCAACUUGUACCCUUUACAAUACAUCUUAUGUAAUUGUUGUUCUGCACCAACGCCUCAUUUACCAGGUUCAGGUACUUGGGAUAUAUUUAGCCGCAAAUACUUCACUGCUGACUGUGAAAUGAACGAGAUUUAUGAUACUCUAAAGCAAAGAUGUCGCCAAACUGACUGCUUUCCAGGAAAAAAAUGAUAGGAGAUAGUUGUGAACAAUAUUUACCAACAUCAUUAUAUUCUCAACCACUGGCAUAUGUGUUUCCGUUCGUGCUAACAUCAAAAUAUAGUCAUUCAGAAAUAACACAAAUUUUACAGAAUGUUUUCAAUUUAAUGUUCUCUAUUUCAAACACCAAAUCGAUUUCCUUCUUUGUUCGAAUUGAUAUUAUGAUAUUUAGUUAUGAAUAUAUUGCAGAUAUAGAAGAAAUACUAAUAGAUUUUUCUUCUCGCCUUUUGAAAAGUUCGGGCGAAAUGAAUAUAACUGUAAAAUACGAUUAUCAGUCAAUUUUAACUGAUGAAAAUAUAGAGUUCGAAAAUAUUACUGCUUAUGUAAAUAGGAACCGCUCUCUUAUAUCUAACUUGUUAAUAUGUCGACAUGUUUUAUUUACACAAAGUGAGUAUAGAUUAUCCCAAAAAGACAAUGAAAUAAUUUUAGACGACUAUGACGCAAAGUUUCAAUUUUAUCAAUAUCAUAUAGACUCUGAAAAAAUCUUGAGAAUAUGGAUUAAGGAUUUUUAUCGUAUUAUAAACUUAGAUAACAAAAACGACGUUGUAUAUUUGGCAAUAAUGAUAACUUGCACUGUUAUUUCAGUACUGUGUCUGUUUACAACUUUAGUAACAUGCUGUUUAUUUUCAGCACUUAAAACUCUACCGGGAAAGAAUAUUACGAGCUUAGUGUUUUCUCUACUUAUAUACUAUAUACUUUAUUUGAUAUUAAUUCUCGUCGAUGCCGCAGAUACAACAGUGUGUCAGGUUAUCGGUAUAAUUACUCAUUUAUUUUUGCUAUCUACCUUCGGAUGUUUUACCAUGGGUACGGUUCAUAUGUUCAGAAUAUUUGGACACGAUAGUCUUUCGUCUACACUAAAAGCUAAUCAAAGUAAAUACACGUUUAAGAUAUACACUGCUUCCGCUUAUCGCUCUGCCGCUACCAUAGUAGUCAUAAACAUUACCGUUUUGCAAAUUUCUACAGGAACUUUUACUGGAUAUGGAUAUAACAAUAAAUGCUUUAUUUCAAAUGUUCAGAGCUUUAUUGCGACAGUUUUGCUACCGCUAAUUAUCACAUUUAUCAUAAACAUAAUAUUAUAUUCAAUAACGACGUACAAACUAUACAAGAAAAUUUAUUCGAAUUCGGCUGUAUCUGCAGUUUCUAAAACAAAUAAAAAAGAAAUACGCAUCUUUAUUAAACUUUUCACAACAACUGGUUGUUCCUUGAUAUUGUUGCUUAUUAAUUUGUUCGUCAAUAAAACACCAAUAUCAAAAGCGAUAGCCGUUUUAAAUGGGUUCCAAGGACUCUACAUUUUUAUAGCUUACAUUUUCAAUAAACGUAUAUACCAAAUGUAUAAAUCUAAGAUAAUUGGAUUGACUGCUCGAAAAUCGCAGUCAACUAUUAUGACAUCACUCCCACAUUCCCAACAAACAAAUUCAGAAUAAGAUUAUAUAUAUAUAUAUAUA